AUGGUUCUGCUAACAAAAAGGUUUUCCAAGGUCUUCAAGGUGUCUCUGGUGGCUGCUUUAUUCUGCAUUGCUUUUGUGCUAUCCAGCAGAUAUGUAGACAGGGACAUAUCAUCGCGAGAGUACCGCAAAUACUUGCAGGACUACAUCGACACAUACACGGGAGGCAAUGGUGGGGCAGAAGAUAAGGGCUCUGAAAAGGGCAAGAAUUUGGCAUUUGCCACCAAAGCCAGCAAACAGAUUUUUGGCGACGAGCGUGGGGCUAAAAAUGUGGGAUCUUCGUUUGCCAAAGAUACCACAGAUCCGGUAGCAGCCGAGGCUACAGCGGCCAAAAAGCACAAAGAGGACAUGCAGCAGUUCUUCAAACAGGUUUUCCACAGUCUGCGAAUGAAUUCGCCCAUGGGUAAGUCUGCACGCCAAUACGACACAAGAUGCAAGCUCAAUGGCGACAUUGGUGCUCGUCCCGAUGACUACGACAACUGGUCGAAAUUGACGAGCAAGAACUUGGGCGAGUGUUUGAUCAUUUCGCCGAAGGAAAAACAGUUGCUCAAAACAAAGCAUCGCGACUACGUAGAAAGCCUGGAGCAGCUGGUGCUGCCUAAGGGAACUUACAAAGGCGACGGGAUCGUCACCGUGGGUGGCGGCAAGUUUUCGAUGCUUUCGUUCUUAAUCAUCAAAACAUUACGAAACUUAGGCACCACACUACCAGUGGAAGUGUUCAUCCCUCCUAAGGACGAAGGCGAAGAAGAGUUUUGUAACAUCUUGCUGCCAAAGUACAACGCCAAAUGUAUUUUCAUCUCAGAUGUGCUGCCUGAUGAUGUAAUUGACAAUUUCGACUUCAAAGGGUACCAAUUUAAGUCUAUCUCGAUAAUUGCGUCGAGUUUCGAAAACCUCUUACUUUUGGAUGCGGAUAAUUUCCCUAUCAAGCCAUUGGAUGACAUCUUCGAAGGAGAACCUUACACAAGCACCGGUAUGGUGCUGUGGCCCGAUUUCUGGAGACGCACAACCAAUCCAGCUUACUAUGAUAUUGCAGAUAUUGCAGUCAACUACAAGAAAAGGGUACGGAACUGUAUGGAUGAUAUUACUCCUCCACGAGCAUACACUCCUGAUAUGUCGGAUUUGUCGGACGUCCCACUUCACGACCUGGAGUGUACGAUACCUGACGUGUCGACCGAAUCAGGCCAACUCAUGAUCAGCAAAAAUAAGCAUUUACCUACUGUGCUGCUCUCGUUGUACUACAACGUCAACGGGCCCUCGUGGUACUACCCUAUUUUCUCGCAGAAGGCUUCUGGUGAAGGUGAUAAAGAGACUUUCAUUGCCGCUGCCAAUUACUACGGGUUGCCUUCAUAUCAAGUAAAGUCUGUGACCGCUGUGGACGGCUACCAUCAACCCACGGGGUUCAGAGGUGUUGCCAUGUUGCAGCACGACUUUGUACAAGACCACCAGCGCUAUAGGUGGGCCUCCAACGAAAUUAAUAGCAGAUAUUCUGACAAGUCGGACGCAGCCAUCAAACUGGAUCCCAAUUACUCACCAGAGACAGUCUACAAGACGUAUUUCGAGCCCGAAGACCGCAAAGAAGUCGACAUCAUGUUUGUUCAUUCGAAUCUUCCAAAGUUCGAUCCCUUCACGUUGUGGUCUGAUCAGGACCUUAUUGUGGAAGGAGAACAUAUUCGUUCGUACACGAACUUGAAACGGCUCAACGGCUACGAUCUGGAGCUGGAGAAUUUCCGUGCUUUCAAACAUUAUCUGUGCACCCAGCGUUUCCACUUCAAAUACCUGGACGAUAAACUGGGCAACGAUCGUAGAAAAUGGCAUCAGAUGUGCUCCUACAUCUCUGAUAGACUGCAGUUUUUGGAGAAAACUCACCUGAAGGCGAUCGGUUCAUCUUAA